GAUUAUAUGUAUUUGAUUUGAGAUGAGGUAUUAUUUUUUGAUGAUUUUCGUGUGAAAAAUUUCCCAUUAGAGUGUAUAUAUGCUUGCACGUGUUACAGCCAUUACAAAAAUACCAUCUGGAAAUUAAUAUUCAGACCCCAACGAAGAUGCUACAAUUGUAGUAAUAUAAUCCCUGGAUAGGACAAACUGUCGUUUGAAUUUACAACCAUCAGCCAGAUAUCUCGUAUCAAAUCCCCGGGUAUUUUCCCCGGGCUUGUAUAAAACCUUUAUAUAUUUGAUAUAUAUAUAUUUUUUUUUUCAUUUCAAAACUGUAUUAUCGACUCAAUCAUUUAACUCUGUUGAUAAAAAAAAUUUUACGCGUUAAUUUAAAUUAAAUUGCGCCAUCGUAUUACGCGACAAACUUGAAUUUAAAAUAAAAAAUAUUUCCCAUUACUUUAACCCAGGUUUUUUUUCUAUUAAAAAAACUAGUAAUGGUUUUUUUUAUUUAUUUUUUUUAAAUAACGUUAUCACUUGUUAAAAAUGAAAUAAAUAAAAUGAUAAAUUAUUAUCACGUGUGAUAUUACGAUAAAAAAAAAAAAGGUAUCAAAUUUUUAAAACACAUAUUUACCAUCUAUCACAUGUUGUAAUUAGAUGAUGAUGGGCGCGGUCUCAUCCUGCUUCAAAUAACCAGACUAAAAUCAACUUCAAAUACUAUCCCUUUGUAAAAACGCGCUUAUGACUGCGCAUUUGACUCUGGUACUUCUCCUUUAAAACCCACCGAAAAAUAAUAUUAUUUUAAAAAAAUUUUUUAAAGAAAAUUAACAAUUAAUAUACUAUAAAUUAAUUAAAUAUAAUUUCAUUUUCUAAUUCCAAGGGUUGAAGAUGAAAUGAUACAUUAAAAAAAAAAAAAAACAAAAAAAGAAAUAUAUAUUUACAAAAUGAGUCAUAUAGAAUUUAUUGGGAACACAACAAUGAAAAGGAAAAGUCUGCGGGCUCGAUUUGAGUCUAGAUACGAUGUUGAUUGCGUGUGUGUGUGUGUAUAUAUUUAUCUACAUAUACACAUAAUAAAUAGAUGAGGCGUGUGUGUGUGUGUUGUUUAACCCCUCUAUCUUGCCUGCGGUGUAUAGCCGAGUCUGGCUGAGUUGAGUGUGCACCACACGCUCUUUCCCCCUCUCUACCUCGCUCUUUAUUAAUUUAUCUUGCUUGCUCUUGUUAAAUUACUAUAUCUAUCCUUUUCAUCCUUGUCAUUUCCCAACCACCCAACCGAGCGGUCUUUGGGUCGAACCAAAGAGAAGAACCGUCACUGGCUUCAGUCUGCUUCAGUCCGUCGCGCGCAACUGUCGAUCCGUGUUGCCUUUGGCUCCGGCGCAACCAACGGCACUCUCUUACAAAUUUUUUUUUUUUUUUUUUUUUUUUAUAUUUAUUUUAGUUUUUUUUUCUGUUCUUUUCAUCUUCUUAUUAUCAUAUAUAUACAUUUAAAGAAAUUAAACAUUCUCAACUCAAAUAUACGUGAAAUUUUUUUUUUUACUUUUUUUUUUUUGUUUAUAAAAAAUUCACGUGACAAUGUUAAAAUGUUGGUGAUUAUUUAAUUGAUAAAAAAAAAAAAUUAAAUUUUGACACAUUGUGUCGUGUGUUAGUAUUAAUAUUUACAACAAAAAAAAUAUUAAAAACAUUAUUAUAUAUUUGUUUAUAAUCGUAGAUGUAAAUUGUUGAUUUUUUUUUUUAAAUUUAAUUUAAAAAAUGUGUUUAAUUACGUGGGAGAUAUUGUGAUGUAUUAAAGACACCCUAGUAUUAUUGUGUGUGUGUAUGUGUAAUAUUAUUAUUUUAUUGAGAAAAUUUUUUAUCUAAAAUACCAUUGCUUUAAACACGGAUCCUUCACGCUGUCCUCAUCAUCAUCAUCACCACCAUCACCGUCAUUGUCAUCAUCCGUUGUUGAAAUGACGGCAACGAGGGAAUGUUAUCCCAUACGGUUGUUGUUGGCCCUCGACAGCUGAAUUUUGUGAGAGACCAUUAAGAAGAGAAGAAGCGUAAUAUAUAUAUGUGGUGAUAUAGGAGUAUAGGACAUAUAGCACACGAUAGUAAGAGAGCCUCGAAGCGAUUUUGUCGAGGAGACGCCCAGGCACUUCUGGUUGCCAACCACCAGCAUAUAGUGUGCCUGAACUGCCUUGUUCAUGUUGGGGGACAUAUAGACACAUACACAGCCCAGCCAAAAGGGGGAAUGUUGAAAAGCAAAUGAGAGAGUAGUAUACAAGUUAUAAAAUAGAGAAGAAAAUAAAUGCUGAAGAGAGGAUAAUAAUAAUAAUAAUAAAAACCCAAAAAACCAGAGAGAAAGAAAAAAAAAAAUCCCAACAACGAAGGAGAGAAUUAGAUCCCCAGGAGGAAGAGAAAGACCCAAAAAAAAAAAAUAGAAAAAAAAGGGAUAAAAAUUGAGUGAGGAAAAGGAAAGGACGAAUAUAAAAAUAUAAAAAAUAAAAUAUAUAAGAGGGGAAGAAUAAAAAGGGCGAGGGAUAAAAUGAACGGACCGGGUAAUCAUCAACAUCGGGGCAUGGGUAUGCAGGCGAGAUACAGAAAUGUUGGUGGAGGUGGUGGUGUUGGUGGAGUUGGCGGAGGAGGUGGAGGUAGUGGUUCAACAACAGGACCUAUGAAUCGUUCAGCACCAUCAAGCCACACUCGUUCUGGCUGGCAUCCCCUCAAUCAACAUGCCAACCAGCAUACCCAACACAAUCAGCAACAGCAGUACAAGGAGUACCCCUAUCGCCAGGGAUCUUCAUCACGUUAUCACAAUGGGGAUUGUCCUGGAGUAGGUACAUCAUCAGGUCCAUCAGCUAAAGAUAUUUAUCAUGGUGGUGUAGGUGGUCCAAGUGUUGGUUAUAAAACAAAUUCCCAACAACAUCCACAACAAUCAAGAGUACAAGUACCAAUUCAACCAUUACCAUCAUCACAUUUUUCACAAGAACCAAGUGGACAACAACAAAAUUCUCCACCACUUAGAUUAAAUAUUUGUGGACAAGAAAAUACAAUGAGAAGUCCACUUAUAAAUAUCAAUGCUGGUCUUGGUCCAGGUAGUGUUGUUGAAAUGGAUUAUCGUAGAUCUUCACAAGCAACUAAUCAAAUACCAAUGAGUCCUGUUCAAAUUCAGCCAUCACCACCGUACUAUCGACAGCCAAGUCAAGAUGAUGGCAGAAAAAGUGAAUCACCAUCACGUAAACGUCGUAGAAUAUCAAGAAAUGGUGCUGUAUCAGGAAUGGAUGUACAAGAACCAACACCAUCAACACCAACACCACCAUUACAUACAAAUACAACACCAUGGGAUAUAUCACAAGCACCACAACGUAGAUCACCACGUAAUCAUUUAAGUACACGUGGUAGUCCACCAAUUAGAAAUCGUUAUACACGUUAUUCUGAAUCAUUUGCAUUAUCAUAUCCAUUUUUACCACCUGGUAUACAUAAUCAACAUCCAACAAUUCAUAAUUCACAUCAUAGUAUACAUGGACAACAUCAUAAUAUACACAAUUCACAUCAUAGUUUACAUAAUGGACAUCAUAAUAUUCAUAGUGCACAUCAUAAUAUACAUAAUGCACAUCAAAAUCAUCAACAUCAUCAAUUAAAUAAUGGACAUCAUCCACAACAAGGUACAAAUGGUCCAGUUGUUGUUGAAGUUGGACAAGUUGGUGUAUCAAGUCUUGGUGUAACUGUUAGUGGUGAACCAAUAUGGCAUCCACAACCAACUGGUUAUAGAAUUCCAUGUCAAUUACAUGGUAUUUAUACACCAACUGGUGCACAUGCAUUUGCUCAUUCUUGUCAAGUACCACAUCAUCACCAUCAUCAUCAUCAUCACCAUGGACAUUAUACAACUGGUCAUCCUGUUCAUAAUUUAAUUGGUUCAUCACCACGUGGAUAUCCAACACAAAUUGGUGGUGGUAGUGGUGGUAAUAGUGCUGGUAGUGGUGGUGUCGGCGGUGCUGGAGUUGGUGGAGGUGGUGGUGUUACAAUUAAUCCUCAUACUCAUCCACAUUUACAACCUCAUCAACCUCCACAAACUGUUCAUACGACGCAUUAUCCAACUCAUCAUCAAUUGCCACAACAGAGAGAUGUUGAAUUAGAACUCAUUGAAUCACAUCUUCAUCAUCGAGUUCAAAAUAGUGGUCCACAAAUGCAAUUACCACAUUCAUAUUCACCACCAACAUUGACACAAGUAUCAACACCACCACCAUUAUUUUUAUCUGAAACAAGAAGUAAUCAAUUGGAAAUGUUACAAUCAAGAGCAAGAAGAGCAACAGCAAAUGCUAGAAGACAAAGAACAAAUAGAUGGCGUGGUACACCACCAUUACCACCAACUGGUUAUCCUGGUUUAUUAUUACAUUUUUUGGCAAUGUUUAGUAAUCCACCAUUGUCACCAUAUAGCCAAGCUGAAUUAUCAUCACCUGAAUCAGCUGAAACUGAAAAUUAUGAAGCAUUAUUAUCAUUGGCUGAACGUUUAGGUGAAGCUAAGCCAAGAGGACUAACACGAGCUGAAGUUGAACAAUUACCAUCAUAUAAAUUUAAUGCUGAAACACAUCAAGGUGAUCAGACAAAUUGUGUUGUUUGUAUGUGUGAUUUUGAAGCACCACAAUCACUCAGAGUAUUACCAUGCUCACAUGAAUUUCAUGCCAAGUGUAUUGACAAAUGGUUAAAGUCAAAUCGUACUUGUCCAAUUUGUCGUGGUGAUGCUGGUGAAUAUUUUACCAAUAAUGAUACAACAAGUGAUUGACCAACGUCUCAACAAAUACCUUAGCGUCAAGAAUCAUUUUUACAAAGAUUUCGCGUUCCAAUUUUCACACUAGUGGUUUGUGCAAAUCCGUGUGGUUGACGUUGUAAGUUAUUUCCUCAUCGAGAUUUAUAAAAAAACACUAUAAUUAUUUGGCCAAGCAUUUUAAUAAUCAAAUUGUGAAUAAAUUCAACAAUUUAUUUUCAUUCUAAUAUAAUACUAAGUACUACUGCCUUGGUCAAUGUGUAUUUUUCUCUUAAAAUUAUCUAAUUUUUUUUUUUUCUAUUUGCGAUUAGUUGUUGUGUGCGUGCGUGCGUGCGUAUUUAGCACUAUAUAAAUUUCUUGAAUUAAAUAUUUCCAUUUUGUACUAUUUAGUAAUAAUAAAAAAUAAUAUAAUUAUUUUUAUUUUGUUAAAAAAAAAAUAAUAUUUAAAAAAAAAAAACAAAAAAUAGUCUAGAACGAUGGAAUUAAUACGAAUAAUUGUCAUUUAGUCAAACAACCCCACUGUACAUAUUAAAUAACAAUAAUAGCUAAACAACAUAUAUUUUUUUUUUCUUUUUCUUCGCUCUAUUAUAAUUUCAUUAUUACAAUUAUUAUUAUUUAAACAUUCGCUUUGCACAAGAGUAAAUUCGAGAGACACAAUAAUAGAAAAUUAAAAAAAAAAAAUUCCUGAUACAAUAAAAGCAAAAUUAAUUAAAAAAAAAAGAAACAUUAAUAAAUAUAAUUGAGACACCACAUAGACCAUCUUGAUAAACAAUAUAGUUUUUAUAAAUUUCAAAUUAGCUAAAAGUCAAUUGAUUAUUUAUGAUGAUUCCCUUGAUAAAUAUUUAAAAACAAAAAAUAUUAAAAGGAAAAAUUGAGAGUAGUAAUUCAGUUUCCUGUUCAUCUACCUCCAGUUGAAACAUAUUUAAUAAAAUUAUAAAUAUAUUUUGUAUAUAUAAAUAAACAAUGAAAAAUAAAUAAAUUAAAAAAUAAUAAUCAAUAAAUAAACAAAUGAGCAAGUAUAAAUAUUUAUAAAAAAAAAAAAAAGCAAUAAAAUAGCUCAGUAUUUAUUGAAAGUAUUAUUCAAAUUUUUGUUGUUUUCUUUAAUUGAGAUGGUUUAACUGGUGUCUCUUUUUAAUAAUUAAAAAUUAAUUUAAUUUAUCGUUCAAAAUAUAUUCAUGAUAAUAAUAAUAAUUGGUCUCAUCGGGUGCCUUUGUCGUACUAACCAAAUGAUAUAGAAACAAAUCGAAAUAAAAUAAAAAACCAAAAAAUAUAUAAAAUGAAUAGUAAAAGAAAAUACAAAAAGGUACAAAUGCCAUAUACGUAAUGAAAAAAUGAAAAAACAAUUUAUUUUGAUGAUUGAAAUUAAAGGUAAAAAUAAACAAUUACAUAAAUCAUUUCCAUUGAUUUUAGGGGCCCUUUAUUAUAUUAAAAUUUUUUGAAUUUAAAAAGACAUUUUGAUGUUUAAAAAAAUAAUUAUGAUAUACAUAUCAUUUAGUUUUCUUUUUUUGUAUUUUGUUUUAACUUUUUUUAUAUAAACAAUUAUAUUGUUUUUAUGUUUCAUUUUUAUACGUUGAUUGAGCUUUGUCGUGUUAUUUAAAAUAUAAUUGCUUUUCAACUGCUUAGGAUAAUUUUUAAAUGAAAUUAACAAAAUGAAAAUUUAAUAAAAAGGGGCGAGCGUUCGAUGACAUUAGAGAGCACUUUAUCAAGAUAACAAUAAUGAAAAAAAAAAACAUGUUCAUUGCUUUGUACAAUUUUAUGAAUAUAUUUUGAUAAAUUUUUUGGUACCAAGUACCACAAAUUGAUCACGAAUGCAAUGUAAAUAUACUGUGAUACACAUGUUGUUUGCUUCAAAAGUUGAGCAAUUUGUUUCUUUUUUUUUUUUUCUUUAUUAUAUUAUUAUUUGUUUAUUUUUAUCUUUUUUUUAUUGUAUUGAUUGAUAAUGAUAAGCAAUAUACUUUACUAUCGCUUAAUCCUUGAAUAAACGUGCAAUUUUUUUAAUGAAAAAAUUUAAAAUAAAAUGUCUGUGUUAUGCUCGUUUAAAUCUAGCGCUACGUCCC